AUGUCUUCUGUGAUCAUGCAUCAUAGCGAAGAAAUAUUCCCCGACUCGUAUAACUUCGUCCCCGAACGGUGGCUUGACCUUCAAGAGCGGAAAUAUCUGGAAAAGUAUAUGGUCUCCUUUAGCUCCGGAUCUAGGAGAUGUCUUGGGAUGAAUCUUGCAAGGGCAGAAAUAUUCAUUGCUGCCAGCACAAUAUUCCGACGAUUUGACUUUGAAAUGUGUGACACCACACUGGAUGAUAUCCAAAUCCACCACGACCUAUUCAUUCCCCGGCCGAAGAACCUGAAGACCAUUGGUGUCCAGGCAAGGUUGAAGGGUAAGCUAGUGGCCAGCAAGAUUAGUGGGAAGUGA